UCGGCGGUCCGCAAAGUGUGAAACGGGGGAACCUAGAAAUCUUGAGCUUUCCGUUCCUCGCGCCGCACAUGGCAUGAGUUCAAGCGGAGGUGGGCACUGCCUCAAGCCCAUGGCUCGAUGUCGCAAGACUCUGGCUCCUUUGUGGCGCCAGCCAGCGAUGUGAGGCUGACUGCCGCGGAUCAAGCCUUUGCGGGCGCCAGCGCCAAAGCCGCGACAAAGCUGUCGCUUUAUCCGCUGGACACCUGGAAGAGCAGGAAGCAGGCUCGUGGUGACCUGGACUUCCGGCAUCUCCGUGGUAUUCGGGGCGUCUACCGUGGCGUGGUGCCAAAGCUCCUGCUCUACUCACCGUAUCAGGCAGUUUACAUGAGCGCCUACAUUACCUCGCGUGACAGUCUUCUAGGCCCACUGGGGGACUCAGCGCUGACCUUUGUUGCAGCUGGCAUAGCUGCGGAGGUGGCGGGCGCUGCCAUCCGCGUACCUAUGGAGGUGUCGAAGCUGCGCUUGCAGCUGGGCGUGUACAGCAACACCUGGCACGCUGUGAAGGACUUCUGCCGAAACCCCUGGCAGAUUUACCGGGGGAGCUUCCUGCCGCAGACCAUCAUGCACGACUGCUUCUACAGCGCCUGUGGAUGGCUGAUCUUCGAGUCUGGUAGGCAAUGGCUCUUCGCAGCCCAUGGUUGCUCGAGCCUCCCAGUCUACGAGAACUUGGGCCUGGGCCUCGUCACCGGCACCCUUGCCUCCCUGGUCACCAAUCCUGUGGAUGUGGUCAAAACAAGAAUCAUCGGCUGCAGGGACAAGCCUGAAGGCAUUCUUGCGACGGCGGCCGGCAUCUGGCGCCAUGAAGGCAUUUCUGCCUUCUGGCGCGGAGCCGCACUGCGGGCGCUCCACUUGGCCCCCAGCCAUGGCUUGUACAUGCUGUUGUACGAGCUGACCAAGCGUCAAAUGGUCGCGUGGCGCGGUACAUGAUUGCUCGCAG